AUGAAGCCUACCCUUUACACACUUCUCAGCCUGGCUGCUGUCAGCUCUGCUUCACCUGCAGAGAAACGGGCAAACUCUGCCUCUGCAUACAGCUCAAAUUCUGCGGGCAACUACAAGCUUUCUUCAGUCGCCGCGCCAGUCCAAGGCAGUGGGAGUCCGGGUUCCGAAUCUACCUGGAAGCUUAGCAUCGAUGACACAAGCUCCGGUUACAAACAGACCAUCGUUGGAUUUGGUGCUGCUGUGACAGAUGCGACCGUCACCUCCUUUAACUCGCUGUCCAGCUCGAGUCUCCAGACCCUGCUGAACCAGCUCAUGACCAGUUCAGGUGCUGAUUUCUCCUUGAUGCGCCACACCAUCGGAGCUUCAGAUCUGUCCGGUGACCCGGCGUACACCUACGACGACAAUGGAAAUACGGCAGACCCGUCGCUUUCAGGCUUCAAUCUUGGCGAUCGUGGUAAUGCGAUGGCCAGCAUGUUGGCCACGAUGAAGUCGCUACAAUCCAACCUCAAGAUCUUCGGUGCGCCCUGGAGUGCUCCCGGCUGGAUGAAGCUGAACGGGGUCAUCGAUGGAACUACAAACCAGAACAAUCUAAACGAUGGCUACCUAAGUGGUGGCACCGGAACCUCGGGAUACGCCAGUGCAUUUGCGCAGUACUUUGUCAAGUACAUCCAGGCCUACAAGAAUCUUGGCGCCACCAUCGAUGCAAUCACUAUUCAGAACGAGCCUUUGAAUAGCCAGUCCGGUUACCCCACGAUGUACGUCUACGCAGACGAGUCCGCACAGUUGAUUCAGAACUAUGUUGGUCCUGCCAUCUCAAACGCUGGGUUGAGCACGGACAUCUGGGCGUACGAUCACAACACCGAUAACUCCGACUACCCCCAGACCGUCAUCAACGGUGCUGGGCAAUAUGUCGAUACGGUCGCCUGGCAUUGCUACGCCGACCCCUUGAACUGGACAGUGCUCAGCGAGUUCCACGACAACAACCCAUCCGUGAAGCAAUACAUGACCGAGUGCUGGACGCCAGCCGGAACAUGGAACCAGGCAGCAGACUUCACCAUGGGGCCUUUGCAGAACUGGGCCGUUGGCGUAACGGCAUGGACUCUCGGUACUGACUCCAGCGAUGGCCCACACCUUUCCACUGGGGGAUGCGCUACCUGCCAGGGCUUGGUCACCAUCAACGAUGGCUCUGUUAUCUACCAGCCGGCUUACUACAUGAUGGCUCAGUUUAGCAAGUUCAUGCCCCCUGGAGCUAUCGUGCUGAGCGGCACUGGUAGCUACACUUACUCCAGUGGUGGAGUGCAAUCUGUGGCCUCUUUGAACCCGGAUGGAACUCGCACCGUCGUGAUUGAGAACACUUUCAGCAAUGAUAUCUACGUGACUCUUUCUACCCAGAGCGGACAGGAGUGGAGUGGUAAUGUCCCUAGUGAGUCAGUCACCACUUGGGUGCUUCCGGCAUCCAGCUAG